AUGCUGCAAGUCGGGAAACUCCUCGAGAACCAGCCCAUCGUCAUCAUCUCAGUCGAGGACGCCAGCGAGGUGCUCCUCAACAAGGGUGUCAGCUCUGCGCCUAUUUACGACUCGGCACGAAAGAUGUUCGUUGGCAUGUUCGACUACAGUGAUCUGAUGACCUACAUCCUCCUGGUCCUCAAAAAAAUGGAAGUUCCCUUGGAAGACCAGACCAUGGAGAUGCGGGAUCUCAUCCAAAAGACCAACCACAGCCAGAACGUGCCCGUCAAGCUCGUAUCCGAUCUCUCGGGCAACGACCCGUUCUGUACAGUGCUCGCAGAGACGAAGCUCGGAGGUGUGGUCAACGACUUUGGCACAGGGAUCCACCGGGUGGCCGUAAUGGAUUCUCAAGGAAAUAUGAUGGGAGUUCUCACCCAGUCCUUGACUCUGGAUUAUCUUAUGCGUCAUCUGAGUGAGUUUCCACAACUCCAACCACUGAUGCAAAAAGGGCUCCAACAACUGGGUCUCACUGGCGUCAAGGUCCUGUCUGUCACCGGAGAAACACAAGUUCUGGAAGCACUCAUCACCAUGAGUACAAAUGGAGUAUCGUCACUUGCGGUCGUUAAUGACCAGGGCGUCCUCCUGGGAAACAUUAGUAUGACCGAUGUUCAGCAUAUCAUGAAGGAUCUCAGAACAUCAUGGCUGUGGUUGAGCUGCUUCCAGUUUGUGUCCAAGGUUCGGUUGACAAGAGGCGUCGAGACAGGCGAGGACCAAUACCCGGUCCUGGAUGUGAAUGCAAAGUCGACGUUCGGAUACACCCUCUCGAAGCUGCAAGCGACCAAGGUGCACCGGCUGUGGAUCAUCAAUGAUACAAACCAUGUAGUCGGAGUCGUCAGUCUAACGGAUGUCUUUAAGGUCUUGAGCGGUUAUGUUGACUCUUGA